AUGAACUCUCAUGGAAAUGCACCCCUUUCUCAUCUAUAUAUACAAACACUCUUCACAACCAAGCCGAAAGAAUUCCAAAAUGGCUAACCUCAUGAAGAAAUCAUCAAAGGAUGUUAUUGGAAAAUCCAAGUCCGAUACAAUUCACUGCAAAAAGCACCCCAAACACAGGCAAUCACCUGGGGUUUGCUCGCUUUGUUUGAAAGAAAAGCUCGCCAAGCUAUCAACUUCAAGCUCAUCUCGUGUUUAUAGUUCUACAAUGGAGUCUUAUUCAUCUUCUUCUUCAUUGUCAUCUUACUAUUCGUCUUCAGAAGCUUCUUCUUGCGCUUCUCCAAUGCAUCGGCAUCGUUUUACAGAGGGGAAGAAUAAUAAUAUUAAUAUUUCCUUGUCCACUUUUUUGUUGGGUAGUAAGAACGUUUUGACAAAGAGUAGAUCAUUGGUUGUUGUUUCAAGAACAAGAAGAAAAGAGGGUGAUAACGAUGAUAACAAGAAGAAGAAAGGUGGGUUCCUGUCAAAGUUACUUCGGCCAAGAAGUAAUAAGAAGAUGGAAGCCGGUUUGGUGCAUUCUAGGACUGUAAGAGAGAUCGUUGUUACCAGCUGAGUAAUUCAUCAUGGAUUUAUCUUGUUUUUUUUCUGUAUAAUUUUAUCAUUCAUUUGGUUUUCUUGAUAGAUUAGAAUAUAGUUCUGUAUUAAACUUGUACAACAAAGAAAAUAUAAGAGUGUGGAUCGAAUCAAUACAAUAAUAUAAAAGCCCGCGGAAAAAGAAGAUUUAUGUUUUGUGUGUGCA